AUGGGAGUCGAAGAAAACCGCAUUCUGUACAACAGUACGACAAAAUCCCCUUCGCAUCUGAAGUACGCCGAAGAGCGUGGAGUGCGGCUGAUGUGUUGUGACUCGGCAGCUGAGAUGAAAAGGAUCAGAGAUGUCAGCGCAAGGUUGGUACUGCGCAUUGCUGUGCACGACUCUUCAAAGAAAGCAUUUCUGAAUGAUCAGUUUGGAUGUUCUUUCGACGAAGCUGAGCAGCUUAUGCACCUUGCGAAGGAAAAGCAGCUCAACAUCGUGGGCGUUUCGUUUGACAUGGGUGCAAUUUCCGGGACCGAUGAAUCAUUUUUACUCACACUUCGAAAUGCUCGCGCAGUGUUUGACUUAGGACUACGGAUGGGUUUCCCCAUGACAGUACUCGACAUUGGUGGCGGAUUUCCUAUAGCUUCCCAAAAGAAUGAAGAGUUCAUGCAGGUGUGCCACCUGGUGAGCUCUGCACUUAAGACGUACUUUCCUUCGUCGUCGGGAACGACAGUGAUUGCUGAGCCAGGCCAAUAUCUGGCGGCCUCAGCCUACACUCUUGCGACCAAAGUUGUAGGAAAAAGAAGCAGAGAAACCUUUCUGGAUGGUGAACGCAAAUAUAACGCAGAGGUUUUUAUCAACGAAAGCAAGUACAACAGCAUCCCCAGAUCCGCAAGCGAAGAAACAGGAAUAAGUAUUCGGCCGUUAUCCGAGCGCAAUGACCAGCACCGCAAUGUGUUGACCACCUUCUGGGCUGCCACCAGCAACCCGAAAGACCUAAUAUUCGACAAGCAGCUGUUCUGGCCCUUGGAAGUCAAUGAGUGGCUCCUCCUCAACAACUUGGGUGCCUACUCACUGGUGCAAGCUUGCAGCUUCAACGGCUCAGGCAUGCCUCCAGUCGUCUACGUUGCUACCGCAAACGACGCCGACACCGUCAGUAGAGGCAUAGAGGCGGCUUCUGUGUGCAGUGCCUACUCUCAGAUGGAGCGCGCAGUCAAGUCAGUGCGAGGCACCGCAGGGCGCUGA